UACAAGUAAUUUUUAUGUCUAAUUAUGUAGAUUUUUAAUAAUAAUUGUUAUAUUUUAUCAACACAAUAAAUAAGAACACCGUUUUAAACAACAUUCUUCUCAAUCCAGUUAACAAAUGCUAGCAAUACUCAAAAUAAAGCAUGAAGCGUGCAUGAUGCAAUCUUUAUGAGGUAUAAAUUCUAACCUAUUAAAAACCACAUUGAAAACAUGGGGGAAUCAAGUGAAAUUGUGCCUGAAUUUAAUGAAUCCACAAGAAAACAAAAGAAGAAUCGCAAACACAAAUUACCAGAAGAACCAGAACAAAAUCCCGAUGCCGAAACAGCACAACCAGCAAGUAAACUCCGAAAACCACAAGCUCAAAUUAAAAAGUCCAGAAAGAAGCUGAAAAAAGAAGAGCGCCAACAAAAGGAACGCGAAGAAAUAUUCGAUAAAUACAAAACCACAGUUGAAGUAUACCUGCAAUCUUGGCAAAAUGAUAAAUCAAACUGGAAGUUUAACAAAAACAUGCAAAACUGGAUUGUGGAUCAUCUUUAUGACUCCAAACUACUCUCAGAUACAAUAUGGCCAAUUGUAUUAGAAUAUUUUGCUGGUAGUAAAGGUGCUAUAAAAGCAAAUAUUAUAGACACAGCUACCAAGAUUAUUGAGGAAGAAACAACUGAAGAAGCAGACACAACAGAAUCAGAACCUGAUUCUACCAAGAAAACUAGAGCUAAGGACAUUAUACAGUUUAUUGUUGAGUUAAACGAAUUUCUGAUUCCCUUCAAACAGUUCCAAUUUUUUGGCAACAUGAUCGCUUUCGUUUGUCUUCUUGCCCUCGCGGCAUCCGCUUCCGCGGCCCACGUUUCCAACCCACUAUUGACCAACCGCAUUGUCGGUGGUUCUGCAUACGACAUCUCCCAAGUGCCCUACCAAAUCUCCCUUCAAGUUGGUGACUUCCACAUCUGUGGUGGAUCCAUCAUCAAUGAACGCUUUGUCUUGACUGCUUCCCACUGCAUCGUAGGAAAUGAAGGCAACUGGAAUAACAUGUACGUCCGUGUUGGUUCCUCAUUGAACAACCAAGGUGGUCAAUUCAUCAAAGUCCAAAACCUUUACUCCCAUCCUCAGUACAACGCUGCUGACAACUGGAUCAAUGACAUUGCCAUUCUGGAACUGAGUUCUCAGAUUUCCCUCAACUCCAAUGCCCAGAGGGUUGGUCUGCCCACCUGGGGUGCUGAGUUGCCCAUCGGUGGAUACGCUACUGCUUCCGGCUGGGGCAGGCUUACCGAAGGUGGUAUUUCUCCAACCCAACUUCAGGGUGUGCAAAUUCCAAUUCAAGACCCAAGCGUUUGCGAGUAUUCCUACGGAUCAAACUCGUUCUACCGUGAUUACAUGGUCUGCGCUGCAUCCACCGCUGGUGGUCAGAGCACUUGCCAGGGUGAUUCCGGCGGUCCUCUUGUUUACAGUGGUGUACAGUACGGUAUUGUCUCCUGGGCCCUUGGAUGCGCAAGACCCGACUACCCCACCGUCUUUGCUCACGUUGCCAACCUUCGUAACUUCAUCACCGAUAUUACCGGUGUGUAAAAAAGUCCCACUUCUUUUGUUUUCUUUGUUAUUGUUUAUAAAUUGCAAAAAAAUCUGAAAUAAAACUUAUUUCUAUACAAAACAA